UGUUUCGUAUACCGAAGCAAAGCAAAAGCCCUCAGCCGCCAUAGAGCAGCUACCAAUAAGAAGAAGAAGAAGAAGAAGAAGAAGAAGCAGCUAUUUCUCUUUGAUUUUUAUUCCUCUUGGAAGAAACGGUGUUCUGCCUUGCCUCUGUUUCCUCAAAGAAACGGCGUCCUUCUGUGUUUUCUUCUUUCUCGGGGUCUGCUGGAGCUGAUUGUGCCCUGAAUUGAGCAAAAUACUCAAGUUCAGGGCUUGCUUUGGGAUCAAAACCCAUGGGAAUCGAAAUCAGGAACGAUGAGGCGGGAUAUAAUGAGUUAAAUGACGUCGAUAUCACUGAUUCCGAUUUGUUCUAUCACGUCAGAGAUGCUCUUACUUCCGUUUCAACGGGGGACAGUGACAAGUAUAACCAGCUUGUUGCAGUCAUGCACCACAGGGGACAUCUUGCUCCUGAUGAGACUGCCCUGCUCGUGACGAGUUUGAAGGCACUGUCUGUUGCAGUUUCACAUAUUGAUAAUGUUCUUCAUCACUCUCUUCUUGCUUCUAUAUUCUCGAUGAACAUGUGGUACUGCAGGCCUGAUGUAAUGGAUGCUUUGCUUGAACUAAUCAUUUCAUUGGCUGCUUCAAGUGGGAAAUUUGUUGAUUCGUGUUUGGAGAUGCUUGUUGGAAAUUUCACGCCCCCUUAUUCAAUGACAGAGUUCCUGAAACAACCACGAGGUAUUUCAAGAAAGGGCCAAGUUCUAUCUCGUGUGCAUUCAUCUCUUGAAGUCAUAGCUGAUUUGGUGCCGAUUUCUCCCAUGAGAUUGUUGCCAAUAGUUAUACAGAGGAAGCCACACUACACUUCUAAGGAAAAUAGUCUUGUUAUUUAUGCAGAAAACAUGUUAAAAUUGGAAAGCAGCGUUUUUGGUGAGCUUGUUAGAAGUACAAUGCUUUCAGGAUUGAUUGAUUUGCUGGUUGAUUUGGAUGUGGAGAUUGGGUGGGAUGACAUCUUACAUGAUGACUCCACUAAGGGAAUUUUUAAUAUGGAGCUAGAAGAUAUAGAUGAGGCUACAGACGAUGAAUUGAUGGAUGGCUCUGAGCUUCCAAGAGAAUUAAGCCGGAAGGGCUUGGUAGGAAAUCUUUUUGCAGAAAAAUUGGAUAGCUUGAUGGUGGUAGUCUUUGAGCAUUUGAAUUCCUGUGAAGCAGGUGGCCGUUUGAAUGAGGUAUUUGAAACUCUUCUCCAAUCAUUUCAGAAGACUGUUCUGACUGCCUACAAGUCAAAAUUUUCUCAGUUUGUAAUGUUCUAUGCUUGUUCUCUGGAUCCUGAGAACUGUGGCAGUAGAUUUACAAAGAUGCUUCAAGAUAUUUAUGUUUGUAAUACUUAUCCCCCAAUUUUGAGGAUGAGCGCUGUGGCUUAUCUUGCUAGUUAUUUGUCCCGUGGAAAGUUCUUGUCAACGUCUUUAGUUGCAAACACCUUGACAAGUUUGGUUGAAUGGUGCUUGGAUUACUGCAAGUUGCAUGAAGGUGAAAUAAACCCAAAAGCUCAUAGAAUUUUCUACUCUGGAUGUCAGGCCAUUAUGUAUGUGUUAUGUUUUCGUAUGGAAUCAUUGGUGCGUGAUCCUUGGUUCAAAUCACAGCUUCUUGUGCCUAUAAACCUGAUCUUGUCGCAUAAUUUGAGUCCAUUGAAGGUUUGUCUCCCUUCUAUCGUCACUGAGUUUCUACGACAAUCAAAAGCAGCAAAUUUGUUCACCACAUCUGAGAGAUUCAAUUUUGACGAGUACCUGGAAUCGGAAUUCUCUAAAGCUUUUGGAGGGAUGGAGAGACUCGAUAUGUUCUUCCCAUUUGAUCCAUGUUUGCUAAAAAGAAGUGACAGCUUCAUCCGACCAAACUACUUAUACUGGUCAAUGGUCAGACCUGCUUAUAACGAUGAAGAGGAUAGCAGUGAUGAAGAAGUGGAAGUGAAUACAGAGAUUGAAGAAAAUAACGAAGAUUUUGAUAUUGACGAGUUUGACAAUGCUCUAAACCAAAUGUCCAUCACUCCGAAGAACCGGUUUGGGGAUGGUUUUAAUGACCACCCACGGAUGCCAUCAAGAAUCAGACCUUCGACAAGUCCCGAGUCUUUGUGAGUUCGUACACUUUUCCUGUCCUUCAUUUAAUUUUAUGGAAGAUAGGAUGAGCAGGAAUCAGAUCUUCCAUGUCAUUGUUUGUGCCGACCAAAGUUGUAGUGGUGGUAUAGAAUAGUUGUUCUAGGCGAAGGCAAAGAGCUGAUGAUGCCCCAAGCGGGUUGUGAGUUUUGUCUCUAGUUUUCUUGGUCUUUUGUAUUAUUGUAAUAUAAUCAAAGUCAACUCGUGUAUUGAUUAAAAGAAAUUUUUGGUAGAUCUAUAUAUAAUUUAGUCAUGAAGUUUACACAA